AUGCGUUGGAACAGUGAGGAGCGUGCUUUUGCCGUCGAGGCCUACUUUUCGAGCGGAUGUUCUGUGAUCGCAACCCAGCGCGCCUUUCGGAAUCGCUUUAAUUUAGCCCCGUUGGCCCCUGUCCCGGAUCGGAAAUCAAUUGUUACGUGGGUUACUACGUUCAGACAAACUGCAAAUGCGACAAGACGAAGAACUGGAGUCCCUCGGCCCAUUAGAUCACCUGAAAACAUUGAGGCAGUGAGAGCUUCAAUUUUGCGAUCACCACAGCGUUCUGCGCGCAAACAUGCGUCUGCCCUUGGACUUUCCGAUCGUUCUAUGAGGAGAAUUCUUCAUGAUGAUCUUCAUUUCCAUCCUUACAAGAUAGCGAUUGCGCAUGAACUUUCUGAGCGUGACUUCAAUUCUCGGAGGAACGCGUGUGAGGUUCUUCUUGAAGUCGUUUCUGAGGACGCUAUUGUUUUUUUUAGUGAUGAAGCCCAUUUUCAUUUGUGUGAAUCCGUCAACAAACACAACAUGCGCUACUGGGCUGACACCAAUCCUCGAGAAUUGCAUCAAAGGCCUUUGCAUUCACUUAAAGUUACAGUGUGGUGUGCAAUUUCCUCAGCUAGAAUUAUUGGUCCCUGGUUCUUUGAGGAGAAUGAAAUCGCAGUGACAGAAUUUUUUUUUCCACGGCUAGAUGAGUUGGACUUAGGGGACAUUUGGUUCCAACAAGACGGUGCAACGGCACACACUUCAAGAGCAUCGAUGGCUGUAUUGAGGGAACACUUCCCAGAGCGCCUCAUCUCAAUUAGGGGCGAUUUGGAGUGGCCGGCCCGCUCUCCCGAUUUGACCCCUUGUGAUUUUUUUCUAUGGGGUUUUUUGAAAUCCCGUGUUUAUGUGAACCGUCCAAGUACCCUACAAGAUUUGAAGACCAAUAUCCAAGAAGAAAUUGCCAACAUAACGCCUGCUAUGCUGGCAAGAGUCAUGACAAACGCCAGAAAUCGGUUUACUCAAUGUAUGGAGAAUGGGGGACGUUAUCGCGGGACCUCUAUUUAUACCCCGAAAAAAGAGCAUUGUCUAGGAUGCAAAAAUUAG